AUACCCAAUACCCCUUCGGAAAAGAUCCAAAGAAGAUACAGACACAUGACACCUUCGAAUCUUUGAAAAUAGCAUUAUUAUUGCUAUGUUGCCUUCACGAUCCAUCAUCCUUCCUAAUCAAGCAAGAAGAAGGAACAAGAGAAAGAAACAAGGAGAACAAGCACUACUGGUACACCAUGACGGUCAACGAAGCAACUCUUCUCAAUGGAGAUGGGCAAAGUAGCACAGCGCAGGCGUCCAUAUUCAUGAUGGAAUCGGCCGAGUUUGUUGCCGCCAAUUGGAAGUCCAUCCUCUGCGUGGGAUUCAGCAACCUGCUAGCGGGCGUUGGGUGCCUGAUGUUUCCCGUGGUUGCCACUCAGUUGGCAGAAAUCUUUUUGACCUCGUUGGUCUUUGCGGCUGGUGUCUUGAACACAUUGACAAUCUGCAGCAAUGAUUCCGCCAACACAACACAGCAGAGUCCUCACUUUUGGGUGGGAGUGGCUCAGAUAUUCUUGGCGGCGCUGAUGUAUACCAAUCCUUUCUUUACGCUGACAGUUUUGACCUUUCUGGUGGCGUUGACAUUUAUGAUGUUGGGAAGCAUCCAAAUCUCGAUUGCGAGGAGGCACAGAGAUCGUGUGGCCGCCCGGGCAUUGAUGAUCAUUUCUGGUGCUAGUGCCAUUAUCAUGAGUUUCAUCAUUUGCCUAUCCAUGCCAACGGCAAGGUGGUUUACCAUUGGGGUCUUGAUGGGGGUCAAUCUCAUCAAUGUUGGAACCAGUAGGAUUGUGUUAGGUCUGUAUGGCAGGAAGUUGGCCUCAGCAGGAGAUGAUGACACGGUCGAGAGCUGGAGAUCCUUGCUGGAUUCGGACAUUGUGUGACCUAAAGAAGAAUUGGAUGGCUCAGCCUGAUUUGGAAUGCAUUUAUCCUACGGUAUGUAUUGAUUACAUCUUGCGGUACCGGUAGAACAUAUAGAAGUAAAUUUAGUAUUUGAUAGGCAAUUGAUUUAAUACAACGC